AUGGAUCGCACCGACUCGCAGGAUCGUGCGUAUGUCUCUCCUCAGGAGAAAGAGACAUUACGACGCAGCAUAACGCCAGAAAGGACCGAUGCGCUGGAUCGGGACGCUUCUGAAAUCGAAAAGAACGAAAAGUCAAGACACAGUCUGUCUUCACCAGAGGCAAAGGAGAAUACGCUUGUCCAGACUGAAACAGCAAAGCCCGAAGAUGAAAUUCACUCACUCAAGGCUACAACCACGCGCGAAGAUGGAACCGAGUAUCCCUCAGGUCCAAAAUUGGGUUUGAUCAUGUUGGCCCUUUGUUUGAGUGUCUUCCUUGUCGCACUAGACAACAGCAUUAUUGCUACAGCAAUUCCAAAGAUUACAGAUCAAUUCCACAGUCUUGAAGAUGUGGGUUGGUAUGGGAGUGCCUAUCUUUUGACAACCGCUUCGCUCCAAUUGCUAUUUGGAAAAUUCUACACCUUUUUCAGCAUCAAAUGGGUCUACCUGAUUGCCAUCGGUCUGUUCGAGCUGGGCAGUUUGAUCUGCGGUGUGGCCAACAACAGUUUGGCGCUCAUCAUGGGCCGUGCCGUUGCUGGAAUUGGCUCGGCGGGUAUAUUCUCAGGUGCUCUCAUCAUUCUCGCCCACUCAGUGCCCCUAGACAAGCGUCCAGUAUACACCGGGUUCAUUGGGAGCAUGUAUGGCAUUGCAUCUGUGGCAGGACCCCUGCUGGGUGGUGUUUUCACCGACAAAGUCACAUGGCGCUGGUGCUUCUACAUCAAUCUGCCCAUUGGAGCUGUCACCGUCGUCGUGAUUGCAUUCUUCUUCCCAGCUCCGGCCCGCCAGGCCAAAAAUUCGACAUGGACAGAACGCAUCAGGAAAUUUGACCCAAUCGGCACAGCUUUGUUCAUGCCCGCCAUCAUUUGUCUGUUGCUGGCUCUGCAAUGGGGCGGAACUACUUAUGCCUGGAGCAGCUGGCGAAUCAUUGUCUUGUUCUGCUUCUUUGCGGUUCUGAUCUUGCUCUUUAUUGCUGCGCAGUGGUUCCAGCAGGAGUAUUCAACAGUGCCACCGCGUAUCUUUUUCAAACGCACCGUGUGGUCAUCUUGCCUAUUCAGCUUCUGUGUAGGUGCUGCAUUCUUGUGUUCUGUUUACUUCCUCCCCAUUUGGUUCCAGGCCGUGAAAGGGGCUAGUGCUGUCAACUCAGGGAUCAUGAAUCUCCCCAUGUUGAUCGCUGUGGUGAUUCUGUCCGUGUUGUCGGGCAUCAUUGUUACAGUCGUUGGCUACUAUGCGCCUUUCAUGAUCCUUGGCACUGUGUUCAUUUCUAUCGGCUAUGGCCUCAUGACCAAGUUCCACCCAGACACGUCCAAAGCAGUCUGGAUCGGUUAUCAAAUCAUCGCCGGCGCUGGCGUUGGCUUUGGUAUGCAACAGCCCAUGAUCGCUGUGCAAGUCGUCCUUGACAUUGCCGAUGUACCCACCGGCACCGCAAUCAUUGUCUUUGCCCAGACACUUGGCGGCGCCCUUUUCGUUUCUAUUGGAAACAACGUCUUCACGAACAAGCUUGUUGAAUACCUUGCUGAGUAUGUUCCCAACUUGGAUCCCACAAUCGUCCUCAAGGCCGGUGCAACCAGUGUUCAAAAGGUCGUCGACAAAGCCGACUUGCCCGGGGUCAUACUCGCUUAUAGCAACGCAAUCACGCAGACGUUCAUGGUUUGCGCAGCCGUUUCUGCAAUCAGUGUGAUCGGUGCCUUGAUCGUGGAGUGGAAGAGCGUCAAGGGCAAGAACCUUGCCGCAGGAGGGGCUGCAUAG